AAGACAAAAUGGCGAAAUGGAAUCUGUAAAGAAAUGGAUGGCACWKARACACAGAAUGUCGCCGUUGUAAACACAAAUUAUUAACCAUUACACGGCUUAAAGCCAUCUUCAAGCGAUAUUGCUCGGAAUUUAGAGCCUGUAGCGACCAAGAUGCUGAAGAAAACUAUCCUAGUGAUUGUUUGGAUUCCGCUUUUGGUGGCAACGUUCGGUGGUUCUGAGUCUCAAGCAAUGUCUCUUGAGGAAAAACACAAAUUAAGGGACAAGGUGAAGGAAAUGUUUCACCACGCGUACGACUCGUAUAUGAAAUAUGCCUACCCCGCUGACGAACUGAUGCCACUUAGCUGCAAAGGMCGUGUACGAGGUGUUGAUGCCAGUCGUGGUGACGUAGAUGAUGCCCUUGGGAAGUUUUCUUUGACUCUUGUUGACACAUUGGAUACUCUUGCUGUCCUUGGAGAGCUAGAAGAGUUUGAGAGAGCUGUAAGAUUGGUUAUCAGGGAUGUUCAAUUUGACAAUGACCUUGUGGUGUCUGUGUUUGAAACGAACAUCAGGAUGGUUGGUGGUCUUCUUGGUGGUCAUGUUGCSGCAGUAACCCUUAAAGARAUGGGCAAUGGCAUGGCAUGGUAUCAAGGGGAGUUACUGGAAAUGGCUAAAGACAUAGCUAACCGUAUCCURCCAGCAUUUAACACUACCACAGGAAUCCCAUACCCUAAGGUGAAUUUGAAGUAUGGUAUCCAUCAUCCAGACUCCGGUACUGGGAGCGAGGUUGAUACCUGCACAGCUUGUGCAGGAACUAUGAUUAUGGAGUUUGGUGCCUUGUCAAGAUUGACUGGUGAUCCAAUUUAUGAGGCAACAGCAGGUAAAGCCAUGGAGUCCUUGUGGAGGUUCAGAAGUCGUGCAUCUGAUCUUGUUGGUACAGUGAUUAACAUCCACAAUGGCGAUUGGGUCAGACGGGACAGUGGAGUUGGUGCUGGUAUUGAUUCUUACUAUGAAUAUUGUCUAAAGGCGUACAUUCUUCUUGGUGAUCACACUUACCUGGAUAGAUUCAAUAAGCAUUACAAGUCUAUCAUGCAGUACAUCAAUCAAGGAGCCAUGUUUCUUAGUGUACAAAUGCACCAACCUGAAAGAACCUCACAUGCUUACAUGGAUGCUUUACAAGCAUUUUGGCCAGGACUGCAGGUUCUGAAAGGYGAUCUCAAGAAAGCAAUAGAGACCCAUCACAUGUUGUAUGAAGUUGCUAAAAAACACACCUUCCUUCCUGAGGCAUUUACAACUGAUUUUGAAGUGCAUUGGGGCGAGCAUCCUCUCCGUCCUGAACUGGUUGAAAGUACUUACUUCCUGUAUGAGGCCACWGGAGAUCCACAUUACCUUGAAGUUGGUAAGAAUAUUGUUGAGAAAAUCAAUGAACAUGCAAGAGUMCCUUGUGGUUUUGCUGCUCUGAAGGAUGUCAGGACCCUUACCCAUGAAGACAGGAUGGACUCRUUUGUGCUUGCUGAGACAUUCAAAUAUCUUUACCUGUUAUUCUCUGAACCACAAGAACACAUCAUGCCCAUGAAUGAGUUUAUUUUCACUACUGAGGCACAUCUSYUGCCUCUAAGCYUGUCUACACUUCCAGCUAAUAAAACAGCUUAUCAGCAAGUACGAUAUAAUGUGACAAUCAAUGAAGAGAAUGAACAUGAAUACAGCUGUCCCAAUACUGGUCAUUCAAGAGACAGACUAAACUAUGCUAAAGACAUCAGAAAUAAUGUACUGUUCAAAUCACAGACAAGCUGCCCAACCAAGAAAGCAUUUGCUUUCACUAAUACUAAACCUCCACGACUCAGAGCAGAGCAGUUUGUACCUGGCAACAAAGAUCAUCUAGACAUCCUUAAAUCAAUGGGAAUCACUGUAGCACAAACCAAAGAAGGAAGAAUACAGCUUAUGCAUUCUGCUGCUAAUGCACAAACGCAGUCUGAUGCAGAAGACGGUAUUAAAUUUAUGCAAGAAAUGAUAGAAUUAGCAAAACAAAGAAAUGACGAAUCAGGUGCUGCCACCAACCCCAGAGUAGUGCAACUAAUGUCGCCACCAUAUAAUGGUAGUAUUGUCUUAAAUGCUGGACCUGCACAAUUUGGUCUUGAUUUGUCAAAGGGAGAUGUAGGGGUUGGAGCUGAAGUAGUUAUUGCCGACCCUUUCAAAGGUUGUACUAGUCUCAAUAAUGAAGAGCACAUUAAGCACAGGAUUGCAAUAGUUGAGAGAGGAGACUGUAUGUUUAUCGACAAGGUCAGAGUAGCAGAGGCAGCUGGUUCUGUAGCAGUCAUUAUUGUUGACAAUAAUGAUGGGAGUUCCAGUGACUCUCAACCCAUAUUUGCAAUGGCUGGUGAUGGCACYAACAAUGAUGUGAAGAUCCCAGCUGUCUURCUAUUCCAUCAAGAAGGCAUGAUAUUGCAGAGGGCUAUACAGUCCUUAAAAGACAAAGGGCAUACUCUUAAAGUAAGAGUUGCCGCUAAAGCUGCUGGCUCAGCUAUGAAGAAGACAAGCUCUACAUCCAACGCCAAAGCGCCUCAAGAUAAAGAAAGUGAUGUGAUCAAAGAAUCACAGCAAAAAGAAGAUACGAUUACAGAUGAUCAAGAAUUAGAUGAACAGAUAAAGAAGCUCAUGUUGGAGCUUGAAAAACAUAAUUCGGUAUUGGACAAAGAAAUGACAWCAAGACUCAUUAAAACAAUGCAAAGCUUAAAGAAAAACAUCCACAGUGAUGACCCAAAGAAUCUGCAACAAUUGAAAUCCAAAUUAAUCACGUUAAAGAACAAUGAACUGCUGUGCGCAGCAACAGGGARGCCAUGUCCCAAAGAUGAAAUCUUGAAUGAACUAAAUAAAGAGAUGAARACUUCAAGUGAAAUAGAUGGUAGUUAUACCGUAGACCACUCAAAGGGUACAAUAUCAAMGACUGAAGAARCAGAGAYUUCUAACACACAGACUGAACAGAAGGAAGCGCAGGAUUGAAUUUGAAUUUUUUUUGAAAUAAUCAUGGGGUCRUAGUUGCUUUGACAUCACGAUGUUCUAUGGUGUAAUAAGAUUGAUGACUUAUACAUGUAGAUGGCUAGUCAGAUGAAGAUCMGUGAUAGAUGAAGCUGGUUGAGCAUGUGUACGCAAACUCUCUCAAGAUGCAGAAAGUGCCUCCUUUGUGGCCGUUUUUGUGSUUUGUGCCCCGGCUAUGGUGAUCUACACCGUCCUUUAAGAGAUGUAUUUAGUUAUUAAUAAUAAUUGAACCUGCCAUAAUUCAAAACAACAACGACAGCAACAACAAAACAAAAACCAAAGAAUCAAAAUUUAAUCUUAGAUCAAUGGUUAAUUCACAAGACCAAUUUUGGUGAACAUUUUGAUCUUUUAAUGUAUGGUAUGUUUUUAGCAGAACUAAUGUAAUAUCACCUGUGAACAUCCGUUUCUCACCCCUCAAAAAAAAAAAAAAAUCGAGAAACGGAUGUACAUUACACAGGCUAAUGUAUUAAUGCAUUCAAAAAUCAAUCACCUGCUUAAAAUGAUGAAUCAUGAAAACUUUUUGAUUGGCAGUUUUUUAUUGUUGUGGUACCUUAUGUAAUUUGGAAUUUUAGUAGAUUCAAUGGAGAGCCAAGAGAUACCUUYCUUGAUAGAAAUAUGGCAACCUUGUGUAGUUGUGUUUUUGAAUGUAUAAGUGUGUUUUUUCCACCAAUAUCUCAAUGUAAUCCUUUCUUGAAUAGUCCAAUCCUGAUAAUUUGGUUGAAUAGACAUGCACAAUAGAAAUGAGGAYGAUGCUCUGGGGAAGCAAUUUGGAUUAUCCAUUGUUUUCCCAGAACCUCAAUUUCAGUUCUUUUGCCYAUUUGCUAAGUCAACCAAAAUAUUGAAAAUCAGCUAUUUAUGUUAUAGCACAUGUUGAAUCCUAAAAAAAACUAAGUUUGAUGGGAAAAUAUAUUUUAACAAAGUAUAGCCUAUAACAAACCACCUUUCGUUCGUUUAUAUGUUCAAGAAACAACAAAAACAUAUUGUAUAUUUAUAUUUUUUUACACCCAGAUUGGUUAACUUAUGUUACACAAUUCCAUUCGUACAUUUACAACUUACAUUACAUCUCAAUCUCAGUUUAGGAAAUAAAUAAGAGUCUUGAUUUAAGUUAUUACAUGUUCAAGCAGGAAUAGGACAAAAGCAGUACUGAUGUCUACAAUAGUAAAUUUUAGCGUGCAUUUGGUUAUCUACCAAGAAAAUGAUACCCUCUUGAUAAACAUAAGAAGUAUUUAGACACUCAAGCCCACUCCACAUGCAACACUAGGAGUCACAGGCUUCCUGUCUUUUGCUGUAAGAGGGGGGAGAAUCUUGUCACUAGUCCCUAACAGUUUAUAUAACAACAGUUCCAAACUUAGGAAGCCCUAAGAAGGGGGAGAAAGAAUUGCCAGGGGAGGAGGUGACACUCACUUACAAUAAGGCACCGACACAAAUAGGAGCUAUUGCAUGCAAUACAUUAUCAGUUUAGUAAUCUAGAUCCACUGUUUUUUUCUUCAAUAUGUACAAAUUGUAAAUUAAAUAAUAUUGCAAUUAAAAUUAUAGUUGUCAUGUACAAGGUCCACCAUGAGGGGUUUCUGAUGUUGCUUUGACAAUCACUUCCCAAUAAUGCACUUUUUGCUGCAGUUCAUUUUUUUGGAAUUACUUUCCCCACCAAUUUUUACUUCAGUCUGCUGGCAUUCAGUGCUAGAAGUGAAGAUGAUUGUUGCUAUAUUUUUAGCAAUUUUAGAGCAAUUUUGCUUGUCAGCAAAAAUCCCUUGGUAAGCCUUGUAUAACUGAGCCCCGGGGGGACUUUCCUAUAAAACAUGGUAGGUAUGCUCGACGGACCUUUUAGGGUAAAAAAUUAAACCCUCGCGUACCUUUUAGGGUCCUAAGCUGACUCCGUACCUUUUAGGGUCAAUUUUUGAAGAAUGGAAAAAAAAUUGAAGAAGUGUUAAUAAAGAAAUAGAUUUUAUUAACCUCAGCAAUCGACUAUCGACAUUGAUCUUCUACAGUUUAUUAAACUUGAGCAUGCCUACCAUGUUUUAUAGGGAAGUCCCCCUUCCUAAAUCAUACUGUAGAUAGGAUCUAUAUUCUCUCUCUGACAUGGGUUUUGGGAAUUUUGUGCAGUCAAAUGAAUGUAAUUAUUAGAUUGAUUAUCAUUAUCAUACUCAUCAAUUUUACUUUUAAUUAUAAUAUGGAUACAAAAAUAUUAUCAAUUGUUAUUUUUCAUGAAUGUUUAUGUUAUUGAUAUGUUUCAGUUUUAAUUAAAUCCCUAAGCUUAUAAGGUGAGACGUUUUUCAGGAAAGGUCAAACACAUUAAAAAUAAGGACUUUCAAGUGGAACUCAAGUGGAACUUUAUAAAUUAAAAAAAUAAAACCAUCAA